CACGGCUAGAGUGGUGCUACAGUAUUUUUCUCCGUCGUGUCUCUCCCGUCCCGUACGCGGCAGGGGCAGCCGGCCGGCGAGCUCCUCCCCCCUUCCGCGCUCUCCUUGCGGCGGCGCAGGACGGGCUCUCCCGCCGCCUGCGCUGAUCUCCGGCGAGCUGGGAGCUCUGUCGUCCUUCAUCCUCACCGCAGGGGCACCAGGAAUCCAGUAUGGAAGUUAUCGCCAUUGUCUCGCUCGUCAUGCUUCUGGUUCUUGGAGCUCUAUUUGUGAUAGUCCCAAGAUCCCGUAACAAAGGUGAAGCGAAGGAGGCCAACUCAAAUGCCAGUGCGAUGGCAUCUAGGAGCUAUACAAAAGAAGAGAUAUCAGCACACAACACAAGGACGGAUUGCUGGGUUAUCAUUAAGGAUAAGGUUUAUGAUGUCACCUCUUAUGUGGAGGAACAUCCAGGGGGAGAUGCCAUUCUAAACAAUGCUGGUGGUGAUUCGACAAAAGGCUUUUUUGGCCCUCAACAUGGCACCAGAGUCUUUGAUAUUAUUGAAGAUUUCUGCAUCGGCCAGUUGAAGGAUUCAUGAUUGAAGAGACUCUGUAUUGCAUCCACGAUUCUCUCAUUGAAAUUGAAUUCCGGAAGUGUAGAUUAUUCAACUUCUAGUCUUGCAAUCCCAGGUGUUGGACACAGAUGACAGCGUAAAACAUUUUUAGCUAUUGUGAUCUGGGCUGCCCUAUGCUUUCAGAUGUAAUUUCAUUUUUCAGCUGGCUAUCCUAUCUGUAGACAUCAUUCUGGCCAAGAGCUGUCCUAUGAAUUUAUUUCUGAAUAUGUUCUUUUCCAUCAGAGAUUC